UUGCAUCGUUGUUUCAAACGUGUGCAGUUGCGAGAGGAUCAGGUCAGACGCUGGAAAGCAAACAGGCUUAUGACAUCUGCAAACUAUCUCCAGGCUUUACCCUUCGACAUCAACGGUCUACAGAGCUUUCAGAGACUGACGUCUCACUACAUGGGUUGGAUUUAAAUUCAGUGACGACUCAUGGAAUCGUAUGGUGGAUGGAUUUCAAUCUCCUCCUGGAAUAAAAGAGUCAUUCAGUCGUUGUGUAUCAGAGACAGCGAGUGAGCGCAGGUCGUGCCAGAAAAAGAGGAAAGGAUGAAACUGGAGCCCAGUAAAAGAGUUUCGCCCCGAGGGAGACUCACCGAGAUGUCAGGUCCCGGGGGCCACUGACCCUUUGUCCAGAUGAUCUAUGGCUAAAAACCAGUCACUCCAUCCGCUGCGUUCAGUCCCCGCAUCCCAAACACAAAAAUCAUUUAAAAGGUUUUCUCUGCUGCACCACGUAUCCCAGAACCGGCAUAUGGAGGAGAAGACUGUAUUUUACCCCGAGGAACUCUGACCUCUGUAUCCUCGCAUCACCUUCCGUUACCAUGGCGACGAGAGAGAGGAUUACAGCAUCUCAUCCGAGAACGCUGAGGUUGUGCGGUCCGACGCGAUCGAUACGACCCCACUGAUAAAUGAGCGGAUUUCUUGUGCGUUGGGUCGGAGAAGAAUCAUCUGCCAGGACGGAGAUUGCGCAAUUAGCUUGGCUAUUUAUGAGUUGUGUUUCCGUGGCGAUGCACCGCUGUACAAACUUGGUAUCGUUUAACACCGUUUCGCCAGAAUCAGAAUCGAUACACGACCCUGGCCAAGCUAUGAAUCAAACUGUCAGCUGGUAGCAAAUGGGUUUUGGGGAGAAUCCUUUGGACUUUUAGAAAUUCAGGCUCUCUCCGACCAGAUAUGUAAACGUCCCGUCUUUAUUUCCAAACUGUGCCCAAAAGACAAAUCAUCGGAGGGGACGAGGUUGCUGCGAGCGAGUGCAUGCCGUGGUGGCCCUCAGCAUGGUGUUGCCACCACCGGACAAGCGGCAUGUGUGUCUCACCACUUUCGUCAUCAUGACAAGCAUGGCCUUCAUGGAUGCCUACCUAGUGGAGCAGAACCAGGGCCCACGCAAGAUCGGCGUCUGCAUCAUCGUGCUGGUGGGAGAUGUCUGCUUUCUCAUAGUCCUCCGUUACGUGGCGGUGUGGGUGGGUGCGGAGGUGCGGACGGCCCGGCGCGGCUACGCCAUGGUCCUCUGGUUCCUCUACAUCUUCGUUCUGGAGAUCAAGCUUUACUUCGUCUUCCAGAACUGCAAGGCCGACCGCAAGAGUUUGGAGACGGUGGCCAGGAAGGCACUAACUCUGUUGCUGUCUGUGUGCGUGCCGGGUCUCUAUCUGGUUCUGGUGGCUCUGGACAGCAUGGAAUACGUCCGGACAUUUAGGAGGAAAGAGGACAUGAGGGGCCGGCUCUUCUGGGUGGCCCUGGACUUGUUGGACUUGCUCGACAUGCAGGCGAACCUCUGGGAGCCCCAGCGGACGGGUCUGCCCAUUUGGGCGGAAGGUCUGAUGUUCUUCUACUGCUACAUUUUGCUGCUGAUUCUCCCAUGCGUGUCUUUGAGCGAGAUCAGCGUUCAGGGCGACCAUGCGUCUCCGCAGAAGAUGAUGCUGUAUCCUCUCCUCAGUCUGGUCACCAUCAACAUCGUCACCGUCCUCAUACGUGGAGUCAACAUGGUACUCUUUCAGGACAGCCGGGUUUCAACCAUCUUCAUCGGAAAGAACGUGGUGGCCAUCGCCACCAAGGUGUGUACCUUUCUCGAGUAUCGGAAACAGACGAUGGAAUUCCCUGCUCGGGAGAACGCCACCGGUAUUCCUAUGGAAGUCCAGCAGAACUCUGUAGGACACGGACAGGCUUUGCCCAACGCUACGAGCCUUCCACACGAACCCACUCCAUCGCGAGAGAUGAUGGAUACAUGACAUGACUUCAGAAAACACACAACGUAUGUUUGGCACAGUUGUAAGAGAAAGUGACUCAUUUCAUGUCAACUCAACCAGAAGUUGGAUUUUUUUUUUUAUCAUAGACGUCUCAUGAUGAAAUGCCAAUUUCUACAAUUUUACAGUGUAUAUGAUAAAAAUAGGAGUUGAAACGUAUACCUUUGAAGUUGAAACAAGACUAAAUAUAAAAAUAUAAAAACAACAACUCCAAAAAAAUUUAAACAUUGUAUGGGAAAAAGAAAACAUUGAGAGAUGUAGUGUUUUCAUUUUAACAGGAUUUGUAUGACAUAAAGUGAAUUUUUUUCUUGUUGAACCAUGUACACAUUGCUACCUAAUUUCAAAACUUUAAAUUUAGCGUUUUUGAAUUUCUCCUCUUUUAUAUAUGAAUGAAAGAAUAGUGUAAUAAAAAGUCGAACGUCAGAAUUUUUUUAAUGCAUAAAUCCAAUUUUUUUUUAAUAAAUGGAUCCGGAGGUGACCAAUCAGGGCGAAUACUCACCAAAAAAAUAUAAAUUAUUUAACAGGGUUCACAAGAAACAGAAAGUGCAAAAAAAUGUCAUAAAGUGCACGAUGCAAGAAGUUUAAGUCAUUAAAAUUGUAUAAAAGGGAUUGUACAAAUUCUGUCAUCGUUUACUCACUCUUUUGUCAUUUCAAACCUGUAUGACUUUCGUUCUUUGGCAGAACACAAAAGAAGAUAUUUUGAAGAAUGUUGUUAACUGAACCCCUUUCAUUUGCAUUGGUUUUGUGUUCGUACAAUAGAAGUGAAUGGGAUCCAGUGCUGUUCGUUUACCAACUUUCUCUCAAAUAUCUUCUUUCGUGUUCUGCGGAAGGAACAAGAUGAUGAAAGACUUCUUUUUUGAAUAAGUUAUCUCUUAAAAGAAUUGUCAUCUUUCUUUGGGUUAAUCGUUUAGUCUAGUUCGCCAUUUUUUUAACAAAUACAUCUGACAUCCUUGACUAUUUUAUAUGUAGCCUAAAGCUUUGAGCUGAGAAAGAAUUAUAAGUGAUGAAAUAGGUGUUCGCUUUUAACAAACGGCCACCACAAAUACACCUAAAAAGGAUGAUUUUACAUUCUAUGACCACAAAAAUCUGCUGCCAAUGUGUUCAUACCUUAAUCAGACCUCGAUAUUAAAAACAAACACAAUUUUAUGAAAUAAGUCUUCCAUAUAUGUUUGGUUGACCCUAGAAAAUCAGACAGAGCACAUGUAUGGUGUCUAAAAAUGAAAAAGACUCGUGACACAAGAUGAGUUGAUAUGAAAUGACUUCUGUCGGCUCCUUGGACACAGGUGAGAAGCCGAUGGACGUGAGAAAUAUUUUGUAUGGCAGUCUUUACUCGUUCAAGUGAAAUCAGAUAUUUAACUCUUUUACACAGAUUUAGCGCGUGUAUGAGUUUGUGUUUAAACAGUCAUGUGUUGGCAUUACAGAUAUUAGUAUGUUUGAAAGAUUAAACAGAGGAGGACGAGAGGUACAGUAUAAACAUAUUAAUCGAGCAGAUUAUGUAGAUGCUUUCCCUCAGAAAAUAAAAACAGAGAAUGCACUUCUUGGAUCGUAAAUGAAUACGUAAAUUAUU